AUGGCCAUACAAAUGUCAUGUGGCUACAGUAAAUGGCACCCAUUCUCAUCGCAUCGACUGACAAUUGAAGGAGGGCACUUUGCUAAUCAAGGAGACAUCCCUUAUGUCGCCGCGUUGAUAGCAAAUACUGUACAGUAAGCUUUUAAAGUUCUAAAAUUUUUGUCUUUUGUGAUAUCGUUACAGUAUACUUGCCUCUUGUAAAAUAUUUUUAACGUUUAUUCCUUUCCUUGACGCAAUUUUUUGUAAAAUAUACAGUAUCCCUUCAUUUUCAGUAUGAGUGGUCGAUGUGGCGCUGUAUUUAUAAGUAGACGACACUUGAUCUCAGCUACCCACUGCUUCUUCACAUACUCGACUGUCUCGUUGCCAUGCCAGGAUCCGAAAGUCUUUGACGAUCUCCCGGGUCAGAAGAUGGCGUACGGUGGAGUAUGUCUAAUGGAAGGUAUGGAUGGCUGCGAGAAAGCCGACGUCAAGUUUGGCAAGAUCAGAAAAGUGGUGGCGCUGACCGACUUUCACAAAGCACAUUGUAUCAAAGGGAACGACUUUACUAUAGUCGAACUGGAGGAAGAUGUUGUUGUAAGUAACUCAUGUUGAUGUAGAGGUUAUUCAAUUUUUCGUUUUGGAUUUAAAUUUUGAAUUACAAAGCGCCAUUUCAAUACAAAAUGAUAUUUUUAGUUUGACAAAAACACUCAGCCAGCUUGUCUGUUCUCGAUCAUUAAUAAUGAACACUUCAGUGAGCGUCUUAAUGGAAUGAAAGACUUCUACAGCAGUGGUUGGGGCAAGGAUAAAAGUAAGUUUAGUACAAUCAUUAUGCUAUUUAUUUACAUUAUAGAUGUAUUCUGAGCUUUAGAUGAUUGUACAAGCACUUAUUUUAUAAUAUAGAUAGCAUAAUGAUCGAAACUAUUCAUAUACCAAGCUACUUUUCAGCUGGUACAUUCUCUCGUCGAUUAAAAUAUUUGCAUUCCAAAUUCAGGAAUAACUUUGAUAUCACAAGCGAUACCAUCGAUUUAACUGCAGUCAACAAUCCUAAAGAUCGUAUUUGUAAUGUAAGUUGUGUCACCUUGACUUAUUUGCUUCUACAUUUCUGUAUUUCUUCAUUUUGAAUAUACAUUCCUUUACUUUUCCAUUCCUAACAUACAUUCUCUUAAUUUCAGGGUGAUAGUGGUAAUGGAUUGUUUGCUUUCGACCCGAAGAUCGGCCGUGAUGUUGUGAUAGGACUACAUUCGUAUUCGAACGGCUGUGACAUGGCUUCGAUGCAUUUCUCCAGCGACUACUCUGUCACAUCGACUGCCCAUCACAUUCAGGAUAUGUGCGACCUGACCGGUGUCUGCCCUCCGGGUGUCAGACCCAGCCUUGACCUAUAA